AUGGUUUCACUGGUUGUAGUGGCUGUAUUUCUCCUCCAGGGGGCUCUAUUUCAGCCCCCUCAAGUGGCAGCAUUCAAAAUCUUCCCUGCCGAUGGAUCCCUCACCCAUCAUCAAAUCACUGAGGCAGCUUUCCUCCGAAAGAUGGCGGAAGUGUGUCGUGACGUAGCCACUGCCCGGGGCAAAGACUUUACGCUACCCAUCAACAGCAAACUCACUGCAACUACCGUCCAGAGAGCAUGCUCAAGUUCAUAUUCUCAUCUAUUAAAACUAUCCACUUUUAAUCUAGCUACUAUUCAGACUUCCCUUAGCAAUGCAGCUGUGGAUGGAAAUCAGUUAAGUACUGUUCAUCAUUUUGAUAAUGAAGAUUUCAAAAAUGGACGGGACCUCAUCACACAGGGCAUAGCUGCUGUGAAAGCCAGCAUCAAAAAAGGAAACUAUUUGUCUGCCCGCUCUAGUCUUGGGGGCGUAUGUCAUACUUUACAGGAUUUCUACAGCCACAGUAACUGGGUGGAACUGGGAAGCACUGCUCCUUUCAGCACCCUGAUCAAACCUGAACGUCCUCUCGACAAUCUAGCAGGUCCCAAAACAAAAACAUGUAAAAGCUGUGUUGGAGAAGACUGCAGUGACAACAUUGUCCCAGAGGUAUUGCAGCAGAAGAUAUUAACAUCUGGAUAUUUCCGCUUAUUUUCCUCAACCAAACCUGCAGGCAAAUGUAGCCAUGGCGGCUUUUUUGACAGGACUAGUUCAAGAGAACCCACUGGAGGCAUCAAUAAGGAUGACAUCAGCUCAAGUCAUGGUUUCCUUCAUAAGCGUGCUGCUGAAAUGGCCAUCAGAGCUACUAUGGAACUGCUGGAAGACAUCCGACUGGCCACAGGCAAUGUAGCCUUUCUUCGAUUGAUGGGCCUCACUCAGGCUUCAGUUCUGGCUUUUGUGUUUGACACCACAGGCAGUUUGUCUAAUUACAUUGACGUGUUCAAGAGGGUGUGCUUCAGUGUCAUAGACAGCAGGAGAGGAACAUCAGAGGAACCUUCAGAAUAUGUUCUAGUCACAUUUAAUGACCAGGAUUCUGGACCUCUAAUGCGGACUGGAAAUGCAGACACAUUCAAAGAAUAUAUUAAUUCCCUUUUAGCAUCCGAUGGUGGAAACUUCUCAGAUAUGUGCCUGUCAUCACUCCUGUUGACACUGACACAAGCCCCUCCAUCAUCAGACAUUUUUGUUUUCACUGAUGCUGCAGCAAAGGACCCAGAAUUAAAAAGCACAGUUGAGGCCAUGAUGGAAAGCACCAAGUCAACAGUCAACUUCCUGCUUACAAGCUCCUUCUCAUUGCCUAGUGAAAAGGAUGUCUUGCCAACAAGAUUAAUGUCUCUGUCAGACAUACAGUUGUACAGAGACCUGGCCCAUGUUUCUGGUGGACAGACCAUAGAGGUCACAAACACUACAUUGUCUCAGGUCACUUCAGUCAUUAAGGAUGUAAUCAUCGCUGACCUGGUGACUGUUCUUCAGAUAAAGAGAAAUUCAUUCAAGGCAGAAAACUUUUCUUUUGUGUUGGAUCCAACUCUGUCCAAUGUGAUAGUAUAUCUCAAUGGAGAUCCUCUAGUCUUUACCCUCUACAGCCCUACAGGUGUGUCUCAGCCAGGUUCAAUGGCAGAUGGUCCUCUGGGCAGCAUCCUGACUGUUGGGAAUUCAAGGAGAGUAAAACUCAACUCUGCCAAACAGACAAGGGAAUGGAAGAUCAGUAUAAACUCCACAAGCUCCUACACCCUUAAAGUCAUUGGUCAGAGUUCUGUGGACAUCCACUUUAACUUUGUGGAGAUAUUUAAGGGAGGUCACGAAGACUCGUGGGGGCAGAGUUUCACCCGCCCUUUUAUUGGUCGGAACGCUACUUUCUAUGUCUCUGUGACUGGAAGAGAUUCAGUCACAGUGACUGAUGUGCUUCUUGAAGCUUCAGGAUCUGAUGUUGUGAGUGGAACUAUCAAAUCUGUCGGUGCGACAGACUUCCUGGUCAACAUAGACAGAAUCCCAGAGGGGGCGUUUGUGGUGCAGCUCAAAGGGCUGUUGAAUGACUCGUCGUCGGCUAGCCGAUUCCAGAGGCAGUCACACACCCAACAUAAAGGAUCUAGAAUAACCAUUACGGCUCAGUCACAGAAUAUUAUACAGCCUGGAGUCCCAUUGAGUUUCAACUUUACCUUGGCCUCUAAUGCUACAGGCAGCAACUACACUAUCAGAGCUCGGACUGAUCAGGACUUCAGCGUUUCUUUCCCCAGCUCUCUGACCCUGGGAACCGGGGGAAGUGCUCAAGGAAGUGUCACACUGAUCGCACCCUCAGACACAGAGUCAGGGACAGAUGUCACACUCACUACUGAGGCAGAAGCUCCGGGAUCCACUGAUCUGAAUUAUGUCAUGCUGCGACUCACUGUCUCCACAGCAAAUGCUAUUUUCAGUGGAUGUUUCUUGCUUUCCAUGUGCCUUGCUUUCUUCUGGUUUUUCAUUUCUCAUUAUAUAUGA